AUGAAGUGUUCCAUGAUUAUUGUGUUUAGUAGCACACUGUUGUUUUUGUGCGCUCCACUGGCAUAUGCUCAAAAAGGAGCUAGUCCUCCGGCACCAACCCUAACUCCGUCCCCAGCACCAGCACCAACACCUCCUUAUGUUAACCUCACUGAUUUACUUUCCGUUGCUGGCCCAUUCAAAACCUUCCUUAACUACCUUGAAUCCACUAAAAUCAUUGACACCUUCCAAAACCAAGCCAACAACACUGAUGAAGGCAUUACCAUCUUCGUACCAAAAGACGAUGCCUUCAAGAAUCUUAAGAAGCCCUCUUUGUCAAACCUCACUCAAGACCAGCUCAAGCAGCUCAUUCUUUUCCAUGCCCUGCCACAUUAUUACUCUUUGUCUGAUUUCAAGAACCUUAGCAAAGUAAGCCCUGUUAGCACAUUUGCUGGUGCGGGCGGAUAUGCUUUGAACUUCACAGAUACAUCUGGGACCGUGCACCUUGAUUCGGGAUGGUCUAAAACUAAAGUUAGCAGUAGUGUGCAUUCAACCGAUCCCGUUGCAAUUUAUCAAGUUGACAGAGUCCUCCUUCCUGAGGCAAUCUUUGGUACUGAUAUACCUCCAACCCCAGCUCCAGCACCUGCUCCUGAAACUGCCCCUGCAGCAGAUUCUCCAUCAUCUGCCGUCACGACCGGAGCAGGGAGCGCUCCUGGAACGUCCCCCCAAAUUCUUCUUACAGGAUCAAUGGUGUAG